AUGGCUGAACUGAGAGAGAGUCUUCCAAUAAGCCAACCAACAGUUCCAGAGCUGCACAAUGCUCACUGGCACAACAACAAAGGCAAAAGUCCUAAAGGAUUUUACACAAGAAGAAUGCAAGGAGUAAGAGUCAAAGCAGGAAAAAGUAAUACAAAAAAGAACCCCUUCUCCAGGAAAGAACCAGAGAAUCUAAUUGAAGUAGUAGUACAACAGACCAGUAAGCAAGAUGAAAAGGAAGGGAUUACAAUUGAGGAACAAGGGGAGAAUAGCAGGGAAAUCUGUAUGAUGCAUUGGAUCUCACAAGUGCCUAGCACUUACCCAAGGUGGUGGUGGCUGGCCUAA